GAAAAAAGAGCGUAUUCCAAUGACUCACCUGGUGCCAGAGUGUCCUUUAAUCAAGGACCAGAUAUCACAACGUUACCAAAAUCUACUUUUGAACAAAAAAACGAUUUUGAGGUGACAUUACUUUUAGAUGAUAAUUUAUCGAAUCAUCAAACAAAAGAGUGUGUUGAAAUUGACGUGAAUAAAACCAUGCCAGUUCAAGUUACCGAUGAUAAUACGAAAAAAGAAAAAGAAAAGACAUCAACAUUUGAUAAUUCAUCUACCGAGAACGUUAAUAUUGAAUCUGAUAACGACGAUGGUGUUAACGCUAAAGCGGUAGAAAAUUUUGUAAACGUGAAGAAUCCCAAUGCGUUUACGCAAAGAGAAUUAGUUGCUCGUGCUUUUGCUAAUGACAACGUAAUCGAAGAAUUUGAAUCGGAAAAACAAGCUAUUAUCGAAGAAGAUAAGCCCAAAGAGCAAGACAUAACAUUACCUGGUUGGGGAACAUGGGGUGGUAAGGGAGUUAAACCACAAAAAAAUAAAAAACCGAUAAUAGUCAAACCGUUACCAGGUGAAGGUAUUGAUAAUAAAAAACGUCAAGAUGCAAAAUUAAAGCAUGUAAUUAUUAAUGAAAAAAGGAUUAAAAAGGCAAAGAAAUAUCUUUCUACGGAUAUUCCAUACCCAUUCGAGACUAGAGAACAAUACGAGCGUAGUUUACGUACUCCGAUAGGUAAAGAAUGGAAUACGCAUGAAGUAUUUCAAAAAAUGAUUACACCUAGAGUUAUCACAAAAAUGGGUGUUGCAAUUGAUCCUUUAAGUGCGCCUUUUAAAACCAGCACCGAG